AUGCAUCGCGCUCUUGAAUCCGAAGAUAUCAUCUAUGCCGUGUUAGAACACGUCAAGUCCUCUGCGAAGGACUUGGUGAACGUGGCGAUGACCUGCUCCACACUGGCAGGUCCCGCCCUCGAUAUCCUCUGGUCCGAACAGUCAAGUUUGGCACCCCUCAUUAUGUGUCUACCGCAAGACACCUGGGAGGUCGCAGAGGAUCAAACUAUCGAUAUUUCCAGAGAGCCAGCUCCUACUGAAUGGGAGCGCCUCAGAAUGAACGCAUCAAGAGUGCGCCGACUUCUUAUUCAUGGCUUUAGUUCUGUACUUCCCACAAAGCCACAUCUUAGCCUGAGUGGUCGUGCCCUACAGAGGAUUUUCGAGCGGUUCCCUCCCGCCACACUCUUCCCAAACCUUUGCGUAUUGGAUUUCCGGGCCGUAUUUGAUCUGCCGGAGUGUAGUUCAAAAUUCUUGCUACUUCGGCAGUUCAUGUCGCCAGGACUGGAAGUGCUCAUGUUUGAUGUACCUGGAGGUGUCCCGACGUAUGAAGUAGAGCAAUUGCUUGAUGCCCUUCCUGCAGAAGCGUACGGCCUGCGUCAACUGUCAAUAUCGGCGGGCCGUGGUACCACUUUUACGGUUCCUCCGAGUUUCGGAAAGCUGCCAAAGUUAAUUACACUGACCAUUCAUGGAGUCGAUGUGUGCCUGACGAGGCAGACAAUCACCAAUAUCCAGCAAGCUCAGUGUCUUCAAACCCUCACGCUUGCUUUGCACGGGACCUCCUACGAUGCGGGUGGUAUGCCCUUUGAAUUGCAUAAUCUCAAGUACCUCUGUCUCUUUGGCGGUUCCUUGUCACAGUCCACACACUUCCUUCGUCAAAUCAUCGCCCGACAACUAUCGUACGUCAAUAUCGCGUACUCCGAACCUGCUUCCCCGACCGAAAUUGCUGCGUUCAUGGAAUCCUUGUCCACGUCGUGCCAAACUUUUGGAUCCUUGAAACAGAUAUGUAUGUUCGACGCUUCACAUGUGGAUAAUAAUGAGCUCGUCAUCCCACUCCCCUCCGAAAUCUUCCGGCCCUUGCUCAAGUUCAGCAAUCUAUUGUCUGUUAAAUUCAUCGGUAUUGGAAAUUACAACCUUGACGAUAGGUUCAUCGAUGAUGUCGCAGUUGCCUGGCCGGAUAUUCAGGAAUUGAAGUUCGCUUCAAGGAGAUGUUCCAGUUGUACCGUCACCUUCACCGCCAUGAUGUCACUGGCGUCAAGGUGCAGGUCGUUGCAUACCUUACAUCUGACGCUUGAUGCUACACAACCGACGACAGCUCCUCGGGCACCUGAUGGGACGGAGGAGCUUUGGCCCAUGCAAACAGCCCUUCACAAGCUGCAUCUUGGAGAGUCGGAGGUGUCGUACUGUGCGCGCGUUCCAUAUUUCCUAACUGAGGUAUUCCCAAAUCUAUCGAAGUUCAAGUGGUAUGAUAGCCUUAGGGAUUCCGAUUAUGAUCUCUUCGUGCAAUCAGCACUGGAAGAAGUAUGGCAACAACUAAAGGUGCUUUGGAACUUGGCCGACGACGACUCAGGUGAGGAAUGGGAGGAAGAUUCAGACGACGAUGACUGGAGGUGAA